GUGCCCAGAGACCCACUUGGCCCUAUUGGCUGCCCCCUGCAUGUGGCCGGUGCCAGUGUCCCUCCCUUCAGUCUCUUUCAGCGGAGCGGGAGCAGCAGGACAGCAGCGCCCACUACUCGGAUGACCCUUGGAGGAUAACGGAGGAGCAGCGAGACUACUACGUGAACCAGUUCAGGUCUCUGCAGCCUGACCUGAACUCCUUUAUUUCAGGUUCCAUGGCAAAGAAUUUCUUCACAAAAUCAAAGCUGCCCAUCCCAGAGCUUUCUCACAUCUGGGAGCUGAGCGACGUGGAUUGCGACGGGGCGCUGACGCUCCCAGAGUUCUGUGCCGCUUUCCACCUCGUGGUUGCGAGGAAGAACGGUUACCAGCUGCCGGAGACGCUGCCGGAGACGCUGCUGCCCGAGUACCUUCAAGCAGCUUCUUUGAAGCCCAUGCGUGAGUGUGCACUAUUUGAUUCUUAUUCUGAGUCGUUGCCAGGCGGUCAGCAGACUCGGGACUUCAGUCGGACGGAGAAGAAAUCAGCUGAAGAAGUACCUGAUAACUCUGCCCUGUUACAAGAUGGAAAGAAAGAUGACAAACAAGCUCUUAAAGUAAGCACUGCUCUCAAAACGAUACCAAAGGAAUUUCAGCACUUGACUGUGAAAACAGCUGCUCAGGAAUCUAAUGCACUUAAAGCAAGACCACGAUCCAGGUCUUAUUCUAGCACAUCAAUAGAAGAUGCCAUGAAAAAGGGAGAAGAGCCCCCUACUCCACCUCCGAGGCCACAGAAAUCACAUUCCAGAGCUUCCUCUUUGGAUCUGAACAAAAUAUUUCAACAGAACACACAAG